GUAUGCUGUUUAGAUGUUUUUGUAUGUGCGCGCGCGGCACGGAUUUGAUAAUUUUGGGGAUGAUUGCUCGUUUCUUUUCUAAUUUUGUAAAAAUCUAGGCCUCUGACCUCAAACGUCUUAGAAGAGUUACAAUCCACAUGAAAUAACUCAAAAGGGACGUCUACCUCAUCAUCAGGUCAAGCCCAGCGAUGGCCGACGAGUCACUGGUGGCGCGCGCCGCUCGGCUGGAGCAGCUGGUGAGCCAGCGGCGGCCGGUGGCGGCCGCGCGCUGCACCGCCGCCAAGACGGCCGGCAGCGCGGCCUCGCUGCGCGCGCUGCAGCAGCUGGCCGGCCGAGACGCGCUGCUCGACACACUGCUGGCGCUCUACGACGAGUGCAACAAGGACGGGCUCAAACAGAACCCGCUGGUCGCCAACUUUGUCACCAAAUUCCGCGGCGUGGUCUCUGAGCUGCGCCGGCUGCGUGUCGGGCCGGCCGAUUUCGAGGUACACAAGACGAUCGGACGCGGCCACUUUGGUCAGGUGCACGUGGUGCGCGAGCGCCGCACCGGGGACGUGUUCGCCAUGAAGACGCUGAGGAAACAGGACACGCUGGCGCAGAGCGGGGUGAUGUUUUACGAGGAGGAGCGGGACAUUAUGACGGAGGCCACGUCCCCCUGGAUCACCGCGCUCCACUACGCAUUCCAGGACGCGCAGCAGCUGUACCUGGUGAUGGACUUCCACCCGGGCGGCGAUCUGAUGAUGCUGCUGGACCGCUUCGACGGCGUUCUGGACGAGAAGACGUCCCGCUUCUACCUGGCCGAGAUCGCGCUGGCGCUACACGACCUGCACAACAUGGGCUACGUGCACAGGGACGUGAAGCCAGAGAACAUUCUGCUGGACCGGUGCGGCCACGCCAAGCUGGCCGACUUCGGCUCAGCGGCGCGGCUGGGCGCCAACGGCAAGGUGACGGCCGGGAUGCCAGUGGGCACGCCCGACUACCUGGCGCCCGAGGUGCUGCGGGCCAUCAACAGCGGCACGGGCGCCGCACGCCACGGCGCCGCGGCUGCUGCCUACGGGACCGACUGCGACUACUGGUCGCUGGGAGUCGUGGCGUUCGAGAUGAUGACCGGUAACACGCCGUUCAGCGAUGAAAAACUCGGCUCAACCUACAACAACAUCCUGGAACACAAGAAGCACCUGAGGCGUCCCAGCGAGCCGGCCGUGUCGGAGGCCGCCUGGAGCCUGGUCUCGGGCCUGCUGGCCGACAACAACCGGCGACUGGGCCACGCCGAGGUGGUGCAGCACGCCUUCUUCACCGCCAUCGACUGGAACAACAUCGCCAACACGGUGCCGCCGUUCAUCCCGACUGUGAACGGCGUGGACGACACGUCCAACUUUGACGAGGUGACGCCUGAGCCGCCGUCACCCAGUCUGGACUCGCUGCUCUCGCAGCAGCAGUUCUCGGGCCGCGAGCUGCCCUUCAUCGGGUUCACCUUCACCAAGCCGCCGGCCGAGCCGCGCCUCAGCAAGGACAGGCAGCGGAGCAGCUCGCUGCUGCCGGCCGCCGGUCCGGACGCGGCCGCCGCCUCGGAGCUGGAGCGCAAGGUGUCUGCCCAGCGCCGGCAGCUACACACCCUCCGCGAGCGACUCGAGCAGUUUGAGCGCGGCGACGUCGGCAAUCAGGUCAAACAGCUGAGUGCCAAGCUGGAUGAGAAGAACGAGCGACUGCAGAGGACGGAAGAGGAGCGCACGCGACUCGAGACGGCGCUGGCCAAGGCCGAGGACAAGUCGGCGGGCUACGUGCGUCUGCUGGAGAUGGAGAAGAAGGACCGCAUGUCGACGGAGAAGCGGGCGCUGGAGCUGCUGCAGGACAUCAAGCGCAAGUGGAAGCGGGACGAGGAGGAGCGGCUCAAGGUGGUCCACGACGAGGUCAAGCGCUACCAGACCGAGAGUAAGUCGCUGGAGGAGAAGUACCACUUCGCCCUGGAGAACCUGCAGCGCUGUCAGAGUCAGCUGACGGCAGCCGAGGAGGCGCGGCGAGCGGCCGAGGAGGCCAGCCGGCACAACAAACACAAGGUCAAGGAGGUGCUGGAUAGCAGCCGGCAGGACUCAGCCGGCCUGCAGCAGCGGCUGGACCAGCUGACGGCCACCUCCCAGCAGCAGCAGCGCGAGCUGGAGCAGCAGCGGGCCGCGCAGCAGCGGCUGCAGCAGCAGCUCAGCGACGCCGAGGACGAGCGACGCCGGCUCCAGCGGCAGCUGGAGCGCGCCCGCGACGAGGCGGCGCCGGUGGCCGAGCUGCGCGCCGACCGUGACCGCCUGCGGGCCGAGACGGAGCGGCUGGCGCGCGGCUGCCGGGAGGCGGAGGCGCGCGCCGAGAGGUGCCAGCAGGGCGGCUCGCAGACGGCCGCCCAGCUGGAGCGACAGCUGGCCGAACUGCGCCGGCAGCUCGCCGAACAGGCCGAGCAGCUGAAGACGGCGCGGCGGCUGCAGGGCGAGUCGGAGGCGGCGCUGGCCUCCCGCGAGUCUGAGCUGAGCUCCGAGCGCGCCAGCCACCAGGCCGAGACGGCCGAGCUCCAAACCCGGCUGCGGGAGGGUAACGAGGAGAGGGAGCGCCUGCUUGAAGAGCUGAUGGCUACGCAGGACAAGGAGGUUGAUCACCAGCAGCGCAUCUGCGAGCUGGAGACCACCCUACUGGGCCUGGAGCAGUCGCUCACCAAGCUGGAGCACCGCAACGAGAGCCUGCAGCACCAGCUGACUAGCACCAGCGCGGCGGCCGCCGCCGAGGAGCAGCUCGACAGCGAGGAGCUGGCCCGGCUGCGGCAGCAGCAGGCGGUGCUGCAGACUCAGCUGGAGCGUGCCGAGAGUCAGUUGGAGACGGUUCGCGAGCGGGCCGCCGUGGACCGACACAAGGUGGCGGAACUUCAGGACCAGAUCAGACUGAAAGACAAGCAGCUCAACGACUGGAAGAUCGACGUCCGUAUCGCCAACCGCGAGGCGCGCACGGCCGAGACGGCGCUGACGGCGCUGCGCGAGUCGGAGUCGGGCUGGGCGGCGGAGCGGGCGGAGCUGACGCAGCGCGCCGCACAGCUGGAGGUGCAGCUGGCAGAGCGGCAGGCCGAGCUGGAGAGAGCGCGCCGCGAGCUGGAGAGGGCCGGGGGCGAGUCCGACGAGCUUAAGGCCGCCCAUGAGACGGAGAUCUCGCGCUGGGUGGAGCAGGUUCGCUCCCUGGAGCGCGAGCUGGCGGACGGCGCCGCCGUGGCCGCCGAGCGCCAGCAGGCCGAGCGCAGCGCCCAGCAGCUCCAGGAGCGGCUGGAGCAGGAGCGGGCCGCCGUGCGCCGCGAGCAGGAGCGCUCGGCGCGCCUGGAGUCGCAGGCCGACGAGCUGCGCGGCGAGCUGGCCGAGGCCCGCAAACAGACGGCGGCGCACGAGGCGACUAUCGCGUCUCUGAAGGAGCUCUGCUCCACGCUGGAUAACCAGCUGACCGACAUGGAGGAGCUGCUCAACAAACAGGAGACGGACUCGCAGAAACACGAACAAAACAAGGCCAGUCUCUCGGAGGAGAUAGUGCGACUGCAGGCCGAGGUGCGCGCCGCCAAGGCGUCCGCCAACGAGGAGAAGUCGCUGAAAAUGUUCCAGGAGCGGCGCGCGCAGGACCUGGAGCGGCGCCUUCAGGCGCAGGAGACGGAGGUCGAGACGGAGCGCGACAUCCUGCGCAAGGACCUCGAGGAGUACCGCGAACUCUCGCGCGGCCUGACCGACCAGCUGUCUCAGCACGAUCAGCAGCUGUCGGAGGCGCAGACCCAGCUGCGACAGCUGGAGCGACGCGAAGAGCAGACGCUCAACGAGCUCUCCCGGCUCAAGGAGGAGAUGUCCGGCCUGCUCACCCAGAUCCACUCGCUCAAGGACUCCAACUUCCAGCUGACAGAGGCACUCGAGAAGGCCGUCGACCGCGCCGAGGCCUUCAAGGAGCGGAUCGCCGAGCUGGAGCGGGUGAUCUCUGAGCUGCAGCUCAGCCACGAGGAGGCCGAGAAACGCUACGAGGGCACCGUCAGCCAGCAGACCAAGCUCAUCGACUUCCUGCAGGCCAAGUCUGAGGCGCCCGCCAAGAAAAAGACGCUGGCGGACCGUCUGUUUGGGGAGAAGCCGCAGAAGGAGAACUGCACCCCGGUGCCGCUCAAGUACCGCGACCUGGAGGGACUGCUGGAGCGAGAGCGCAUGCGCAACAAACAGCUGAACGACCAGCUGAACCGGGCGCGCGCCGAGAUCGUCUCACUCACCAACAAAGGAGUGCCGAGCUGUCCGGACACUCCCUGCCUGGGCGGCACUCCGCAGUCGCGGCGGGCACUCCGCCUGCUGGCGCAGUCACCCAGCGUGCAGAGCACCCCUGCGCCGGCGUCGCGCGCGCCGGCCGCCGGCAGUCGCUCGGGCUCGGCGCUGCCGGCCGCCACGCCCACCCCGCAGCGGAUGCACCACAACAUCCCGCACCGGUUCGACACGGGCCUGAUGACGCGCGCCGCCAAGUGCGCCGCCUGCCUGGGACCGGUGCGGUUCGGACGGACGGCGGCCCGCUGUGCCGAGUGCCACGUCACCGCGCACCCCAAGUGCGCCGCCGAACUGCCGCGCACGUGUGGCCUGCCGGCCGCCCUGGCGCGUCACUUCUCCGACUCGUGGCAGCAGUCGGACGCGUCGCCGACCAUGCGCCGCGCCGCCGCCGCCGCCCCCGCCUCAGCCGCCACCGGUCCGCCCAAACCGCCCAGACAGCAGCCGGAGACGCCCAUCGCCGGAAAGGGCUGGAUCAGGGUGCCGCGGGCCGGUAAGACGGGCUGGGAGCGCCGCUUCCUCUCGGUCGAGGACGGCCGGCUGACGCUGUACGCCGAGGAGCCGUCGCCGGGCGGGCCGGCGCCCCCGCCACUGCAGACCGUCGACCUGCGCUCGGGACACGUACACGUGGACGCGGACGUGGCGUACUCGGAGGUGCCGCAGCUGGCACGCCGGGACCUGCCCUACGUCUUCAAGGUGGGUAUCGUGCAGGAGACGACCUGCUGGCCGGCCAAGUCGUACCAGUUCCUCUGCUCGAGUCUGCCCGAGAAGCAGCAGUGGGUGACGCUACUCGAGUCGGUGGUGCCGGCGGCGGCGGCGACCGACGAGAGCCGCGGCGGCGCGCGCGCUCAGCUGCUCUACUCGGCCGAGGGGCGCGACAACAUCGACAUCAACUGCGCCUACAUGGUCACCGAACAGCUGAUGCUGCUGGGCACAGAGGACGGCCUGUACUCGCUGGCGCUAUCUGACAAGACGCGUCCCGAGCGCAGGAUUAAGGUGGAUGCCUUCCCGCCAGUACUGAUGAUGAAGCAGGUGCCCGAGCUGGACCAGCUCGCGUUCAUCUGCGGUAAGGAGCACGAGCUGCGCGUGGCGCCUCUGAACGCGGUGCGCGCCUGUGCUGAGGCCGUCUCGGCGACCACGGCCCGGCUGGAGACGUGCCGACUGGAGGGUCUGGAGAGCUGUCACCUGCUCUCCACCGGCGCCACGGCCGACAAACAGGUCUACGUGUGCGCCGCCUCCUCCAAUAGAGUCUGCCUGUUCCGCUGGAGCUACGAGAUGUCGUCGUACCAGCUGGUGAAGCAGUUCAGCACGCAGGAGCCGGCCACGUGUCUCCAGUUCACGGCCACCUCCAUCAUUAUCGGCACUGACCGGUUCUUCGAGGUCGACCUCAGCAACUUCGCCAUCGAAGAGUUCCUGGACUCGUCGGACGCCAGCCUGGCGUACAUCGUGUACGGUACCAGUCAGAUGCGCUCGUUCCCGGUGGCCAUUCUGUCCGUCUCCGAGAAGGAGUUCCUGCUCUGCUACCACGAGCUGGGCGUGUUCGUCGACCAGUUCGGCGCCCGGUCCCGGCAGCAGGACAUCAAGUGGACCCGCCUGCCGCUCGCAUUCGCGUGGCAGGCGCCGUUCCUGUACAUAUUCCACUUCAACGCCGUGGAGGUGGUGGAGGUGGCGCGCGGCUCGUUCCGCGCCGCCGACGCCGUGCCUCCGGCUGUCAGUCAGCUGCAGCUGAACGGCGCACGGUUCCUGGCGGCCACAGAGGCCGGCGUGGUGGUGGCGGCCGCGCCGCAGCCCGGCGCCGCCCAGCUGCACCGGCUCACCGUGGCCAGCGAGGCCGUGGAGGACACGACUAGUGUGUCCAGCUGGGCAGAUACCGACAGUGCCGCUGUGACGGAGUCGGUGACGGAACCGGACGGCGGUGACGGCGGCUCGCUCGAGUUCAGCUUCACGCCGUCAGUGAUGGAGUCGCUGGACGACGGCGGCGGACAGAGCACGGCCGGUACCGGCGACACGCUCUCGAUCGGCUCCGACCUGAGCAGCAUGUCGUCCGGCAGCCAGCAGCCCGCCCCCAGACAGGUCCGGUUCAAUGAGACGGUGCGCGUCCGCCAGCACCUGAGGCCGUCGGCCGACCCGCCGGUGCCCGACAGCGAGCCCAAGAGGCGCCGGCGCUGACUGGCCUGUGGCAGAGACGCCAGCCGGCUGACUGGGAGCCCAAGGGCGCCGGCGCUGACCGGGAGCCCAGGAAGCGCCGGCGCGCUGACCGGGAGCCCAAGAGGCGCCGGCGCUGACUGGUCUGUGACAGAGACGCCGUCGCGCUGACUGGGAGCCCAAGAGGCGCCGGCGCUGACCACAGCGGGCCCAGGAGGCGCCAGUGCUGACCGGCCUCUGACAGCGAGCUCUAGAGGCGCCGGAACUGACCACGGGCGCCUCAGCGGAAUCUUCCCUCGCCUAGAGGCGGCCUGCCAACCGAGGGACCAUCGCCCCAUACGGCGUCCUGCCAACCUCGGGACCAGCGGCCUGUUUAGAGCCGCAGAUAGUGUAGCGUGUGUGCUCGUAUGUACUUACCAAUGGACAGGCUGUCCGCUCCGAUAGUGUUGUGUGUGUGUGUGAGAGUGGUUUGAUCACCGUUGCUUAUUGUCGUACCCGGCAGACCGCGCGCGUUUGUGUUUAGUGCGAGCCGCGAUCGUACUCAAAUGACUAGCGUGUUCCGACGACUCGAUCUCUUCCGCCCCCUGUCCGACCGACGCCUUCGCUGUUCUCUCUCGAACUUCCCGCCUGUUCUCUCGUUCUGCUUAUAUGACAGUGUAGACCCGAACAAUUCCGAGCGACUGUGCGCUCGCAACGCGUGGUAAGAUGAAAAUAUACUUACUCAGUUUU